GUCGACGCCAAAGAGGCAGGAAACUCUCUUUUGGCCCCAGAAAAUGCCAGACUAGGUCCGAAGAACUAUCGAUUCUAACGCCGAUGAUGUCGCUUGCCGGCAGUCUAGGGCUCGGAAUCGGCAACGCGGUUCCUUGGUAAUUGGCCACAAGCCGGGGCACUAUCUGGAAACUAUCCGCCCGAGCUGUCCGUUUGGCCUUUCCUAAAUUGCCCUUUCGAGUUAAUGAUGUAAUGAGGGGAGGGUCUCUUGGAAAUGGAUAUAAGGGCUCAGCCGCGCAAGCUGUUCAGAGCUGAAAAGAAAAUAGAGAGAAGGUGUCAGUAAAGGUAGAAGAACAUAUCUUCUCUCAAUUGCAAUUUGAAAUUCCAUCGCAAAUAUGGCUUCCAACGAGAACAAGUUUGAGGGAUGGGUUGCUCUAGACAAGGACUCUGUCGAGGGCAAGAUGGUCUGGCAGGAGUACGAAGUUAAGCCCUGGGAAGAAACAGACAUCGACAUUAAAAUCUCACACUGCGGUAUCUGCGGCACAGAUCUGCAUAAGCUCCGAUCUGGCUGGGGUCCGACUGCGUAUCCCGUCGUCGUCGGCCAUGAGAUUGUCGGCACGGCCGUGCGAGUCGGCAAGGAGGCCGCCGCCCAGACCGGCAUCAAGGUCGGCGAUCGGGUCGGCGUGGGCGCGCAAAACGACUCGUGCCAGUGCCGUAAGCCGCCGCAGACCGUCGAGGACCACUCCGACUGCGAGGCUUGUGCAUCCGGCAACGAGGUUUACUGCCCGCGGUCGACAACGACGUACGGCGCCAAGUAUCUCACCGCUGCUGGCGGGAAGAGCAUGGGCGGCUAUGCUCGGUUCCAUCGAUGCCCGGCCAAGUUCGCCUUCAAGAUCCCCGACAACCUCCCGAGCGAGCAUGCCGCGCCCAUGAUGUGUGCGGGCGUGACGGUCUUCUCACCGCUUGCGCACUUUGGAAACCGUGGUGAGGGUCCUCUCGACCAGCGACUUAAGGGCAUGUCUGUUGGCGUCCUCGGAGUCGGCGGCUUGGGCCACUUUGGCAUCUUAUUCGCCAAGGCCAUGGGCGCCGAUCGAAUCGUAGCCGUGUCUCGUCGCUCGGACAAGCGAGCAGACGCUCUGGCUCUGGGAGCAGACGAAUACAUUGCCACGGCCGAAGAAGAAGGAUGGGCAAAGAAGCACGCCCGAACUCUCAACCUCAUCAUCUGCUCCAUCUCCAGCUCCAACAUGCCCCUGACCGAGUACAUUGGCCUGCUCAAGCGGGAAGGUAUUUUCUGCCAACUCGGUCUUCCGGAUGAUGGACAAUUCAAGGUUGGUGCUGGAACGAUUUGCGCGGGCCGCCGAUCGUUGACUGGAAGCUUCAUGGGUUCACCUCACGAGAUCCGCGAGAUGCUGCAGCUUGCUGCCGACAAGGGGAUCAAGCCGUGGGUUGAGCAGUGGCCGAUGAGCGAAGCUAACCGUGCCAUUGUCGAUAUGGAUCUCGGAAAGGCAAAGUACCGAUACGUCUUGGUGAACAAUGACCAGUAAAAUGCGAACUACCCAUUACGACCCUGGUGGUCGGUAAUACGAGAUGCGGAAUGAAGGAAUGAAAAAGGAGUUUCGAGUGUGUAUAUAUCAAUACCGUAGUAUCUCUAAAAGAAAAUGAUUGAAAAGUAG